ACAGCAACUGAAAAUGGCCGAACAGAGCACCAGAGAGAAUGAGACCUUACCCACGAUCUUAGACCCCACAACCUGCGUCAAGAAAGGUCUCUGCACUGUCGCUACUGGUCGCGCCGUACAAACUCAUCAACUCUAUUACGAGCUCCAUGGAUCACUCAAUGGGGCUCAGAAAAUGCUCUUCGUCAUGGGUCUAAAUAAUUCCUGUUCAGGAUGGUCGAAUCAAGUCAAGCAUUUCUCAAGAAAGCCAGAUCAUUCGGUCCUAGUAUUUGACAACCGAGGGGUAGGAAACAGCGAUGCGGGACCAUUAGGGAUUUACAAGACCUCAGAGAUGGCCAAAGACACGGUAGAUCUGAUGGAGUAUUUGGGAUGGACAGAGGAGCGAUCUGUCCAUCUCUUUGGGGUUUCCAUGGGCGGGAUGAUCUCACAAGAACUGUGUUUGUUGGUCCCGAAACGCUUCAAGUCGGUUAGCUUCAUUAGCACCAAGGCCGGUAAUAAGUUCGAUCUCCCUUCGAUGAAUGGACUAUACAGCUUAACGCGAUUAUUAUCGAGGACGCUCACAGAAGAACAAAGCAUAGAGAUGUUAAUGAACAUGUUAUUCCCAGCGGAGUUUCUAGCGCAAUCGACCGAGGGAGGGGGGACGAAGCGAGACGAGAUAUACGAGUCGUUAGUCCAGCGAGUACGCAAGACACGGAAGCAGCCGGCGAGUGGAGUUGUAGGCCAACUGAGUGCGGCGCUCAGUCAUUCCUGUCCAACGGCCUCGUUGGCCCGCAUUGCCCGUGAACUCGAGCCCGCUAAAGUCCUCGUCCUCACCGGUGACCUCGACCAACUCAUCAACCCUCUCCGAAGCAUCGAACUUCAUCAGGCUCUGCCUAACUCUGAGUAUCUCCUCAUCCCUGGCGCUGGUCAUGCAAUCUGCUCUCAACUUCCUGAACAGUCUAAUAACAUCCUCGAACGUGUUAUGGAUGAAGGCAAUCGUGCCUUUUCUUAAGCUUUUUUUUCAAGAUUUCAACUGUGUAUCUUCUUCAUAACUCUAUAUAACAUAUGAUGUGAAAAAGCAGACUUUUGCCUCUUUCAACUAUUGUACAUCAACUCAUCAAUUUUUUUACUUUUUAAUCUAGGAAGGCACUUUAUUAACCUUGUGUAAAUUUACAAAAUGUAACAAGGGACAUGCAGA